GGCAGCUCCGCUCAGCCCGCGCCCCGAGUACGCGCCUGGCCGCUGGGGACUGCGGACUGCGGAAGCGGACUCGCCGCCCAUAAUCAUCCCUUUAGCGCUGCUUGUCGUGCUGUGUCGCCGCUGCCGCGCUGCUCGAGGACGCCGUCGAGAGGAUCGCCGGGCACCCGGGACCCGGGACGCGGUCAGGUUCCCGCCGAGGAGGCCCGGUGGGGCCACGAGUCCAGCACGGCGCUCAGCCCGCCUCUGACCAGCGGGCCAGGGGUUCGCCGGCGUACCUGGGAGCAGGAGGAAACAGACUGCGGCCAGAUCUGCCUCGUGUUCUGCAUCGCUGUGAGCAGCGUGUUCGCACUGGUCGGGCAGGUGGUCGCCUGCCUGCUGUACCGCUUUGGCACCUUUGGCGGCGACUACCACGAGCACUGGCAGUGCCUGCCGUGACCCGCGGCACAUGCCGCCCACCUGACCGCACGCCCACCAGCGCUGCCAAGGCCGGGCCUCAGCCUCGGCCAUGCGGUGGUGGACCGAGGAGGCCGACUGGCUGGGGGCCCGCCUGGACCGCUGGCUGGCCGCGUGCCAGGGCCUGGGCCACGGCCUCGGCCAGGGCUACAGCAAGCUGCACUCGAGUGACAGACAGCCUCGGCACCGGGCGGCCGGGGUCGGAGGCGCCCCCAGGAACCCCCUGCGCACGUGCGCACAGCGGCUGCAGAGCAUCAUCAGCGCCAGCCACGUCGGGAAGCCCGAGAGGGAGUCCGAGAGGGCGUCCGGCUCGCGGCCGCGGCGGCGACAAGCGGACCAACAGCGCGCGCCGGCGCCCACCACGCCCACCGCCAUCGUCUUCGAGAAGUGCAGGCCGCGUCACGGCGGGGCGGGCGCGUCGCCCUCUCUCCCCGCCGUGGACAUCGUCUACUACCCGUUCCGCGUAGAGAACUGCGUGGUGUGUCGCCAGCUGGGCGCGGCCGGCACGGCCGGCGCAGCGGGCGCGGCGCCCGCGAGUUCAGGAGGCGCUCCCUCGACGGCCACCCUGGCCGCAGUGCCGUGCCCCCAGGAGGGCUGCUGCGCGCCGUACGUGCCCACGCCGCAGCAGCAGGCCUCGGGGGCCUCGGGGGCGCUGCUGUUCCGAGGCCAGGAGGCUCUGCCGCCGCCACCGCCGAGGCCACACUGCGGCGAGCGCGAGCCCGUCAUCUCCAUGAACCAGGACUACAUCGAGGUGCGCUACGACCGGCCGCCACCGUCGCCGCCCCUCGCGCAGUGCUCCCCGGUCGCGGGCGAGCAGCCGCCGCCGUCCUACCAGGCCGCCAUGCGGCACGCCGUGUUCGACGGGCGGGAGGACUCCCUGAUCGGGGACCUCGCCCUGUUCUCGCCGCGCCUCGCCAGGGCGCCCACUCCGCGCUACAGCGCCUACCCGUGCGGCGAGGACGACGACGACGAGGUGGACGACGAGGAGACCAUCUACUCGCGCAACAGCGUGGCGGCUGUCCUGGAACAGGAGAUGCAGGCCUCGUGGCGAAGGCAACAGCAGUGCUGCCGUCCGCCGACGCGCUUCCGCAGCCGAGGCAAGUUCUCCAGCGUCAUGUACGAGACGCAGCGCAUGUUCGAGGAGGCGUUCCACGUCACGGGCGAGGAGGCCCCCGUGGCGGUGCAGCUGCCCGCGCGGGUCCCGGGGCGGCACGUGGCUCCCCGCUCGGCCGGCGCCGGCCCCGCCAUGACGAGGGCGUGGUCCGUGCACGGCCCCAGCCCGACCGCGGGGCUCCGCGAGGUGGAGAUGCCCCACCACGGCCUCGGCCCCGGCCUCCGCAGUCUGCUCAGCAUCCGCAGGAGGCCCGCCAAGGGCAGCGGCCCGCCAGGCCCGGCCUCGGCACAGGCCCGCGGCUAUCCGGGCGAGGCCGGGGCGGCCGUCGCGCGCUGCUCCGGCAGGCCGCAGAAGAAGGUGGUGGUCGGCGAGCGAGGCCUCCGCGGCCCCGUGUGGCCCAGGGUCAUCCUGACUUUUGACCGCGGCGUGACACCCUACCAGACCCGCGCACAGUAGCUCCACGGCUCCCCCGGGACCGACCCCGUGCGGCAGGAUUGCCGUUUGUCGAGCGCAAAGGAAGGCGGCGCGCAAGUUAAGCACCCUAGAAGCGCGAGUCUGCCCAGAGGGAUUGGGAAGAAGGCAAAGUAAGGACAGGCUGAGGCUGCUGGGUAGGGGAGGGGUAGGGGAGAGGGCGGGGUGACAGAGUCCUCGCCGCCCUGGUCCUCCCCGACCCGACCACCCUUAGCAUGCCCGGCCCGCCGCGCGUCCUAAGUACCUCCGACCGGCCCCGUCAAGCUAACUCAAUCCUGCGGUGGGACAGCGCAGAGCCCGCGGCAUGCAAAAUGAUCACAAAUAUGACGUCCCGGCGCGAGGCGGGCCGCCCUCGGCUUCCGCGCCCCACCCCUGCCGCCGCCACCGCCCUCCGCCCCUCGCCACCCCUCACGCUCCGGCCCUCCAGCUCCAGCCCGGAGAACUGAUAAAAGGCGCGCUGGAGCAGCUUCGAGUCUCAUUCGACGCACCACGACGGCCCGGAGAACAGGUCCUGCCAGGCCAUGUCUCGGCGCCGUGCCCCCGCUGCAGCCUGGCUCUCACUCAUGCUCCUCGUGGCGACGGUGGUCUCCGCGGCGCCCAGCGUCGAGUCGGCGGGAGGGGCGUCAUCGGCCAGGACGGUGCGGGCGAGGGUGGCGAG